AUGUGGGGCAGAAUCGUCAGCAGCGUCAGCAACGCGCUUGAUUUCAAUCAAGCCACGCUUAGCGGAUGUAUUGACAUCAUCUGCGUGCGGAAUCCACACACAGGCGAGCUGCACUCUACCCCGUUCCAUGUUCGGUUCGGCAAGGCCAAACUGCUGCGGUCGAGGGAAAAAAUAGUUUCUGUAGCUGUUAACAACAAGCCCACUGCCCUUGUUAUGAAAUUGGGGGCCGCGGGGGAAGCAUAUUUCAUGCAAGAGGUUGAGGACAGCAUAGGUGUUGCAGAAGAGGACCUUGCAAGCCCACUAUCAUCUCCUGUGCAUUCACCUAGGCGUAGCUGUGGCCUAUCAACCGACACGUCUAUCGCACCUGCACCACAGGACUCGAGCUCCCUCCCUCCUUCCCACCCAGCCCAGGGGGCAACUCUUUCGACGGCGGCCUCGGCAGUCGCGGCAGAUACCCGUAGGCCUGGGGAAACCCAAACGGGGCCAGAUCUCACAAGAGGCACGAAUGGGUUGUCUCCGUCAUUGGGCUCUGAUGGGCCGAUUCCGAAGGGCGCUCCCGCUGCAUCUGUGACAACUCAAGACGCCUCUUCCACCUGGAGAUCUGCAUGGGGAACUGCAGCCAGAUAUGAAGGUAGCACAGCAGGCUUGAUGGAAGGAAGCCCUUCCGGCUCUCUUCCUGAGGGAACCUUGGGACGACAAGCAGAGGAAGGUCGCGCUGCUGUGCAGUUCUCCCUCUGCGGUCAUGUUUUGUUCGGCACAGCAGACGAAGCCCAGCACGACGCUGACGUGUUUGAGGCAAACCUUGUUACCUGGGAAACCCUCGAUGAGAACCCAUCUCUGUGGUACCACCCUUCGCUUGUGGCUUGCUUCGAAAGAACCCCUCCGUACUAUCCGGCGAAAGUGGCCCUGCCGCUUCUGGCAAGCUGGCUGCUAUUCAAUCGCCCCCUUUCGCUCGACAGCGUGAAAAGACUCAUGACAGCAGACAUCACCUACACUGACAGAGAGGGUGCAACUUUCAGCAGCGGAGUCAACAGUGACAGUGAAUCGCCCGCCUUCGCAGCGAACAGGGAGGCAUCUACUGGGAAAAGGCUCCGGCGGUCUCUAAGGCCAACUCCGCAGCAGUUGGAGUCGCUGGACUUGAAGCCUGGGGCCAACAGCGUGUGUUUCACUGUCAGCUCUGCUCUCCAGGGCGAGAAGAGCGUCUGCGGAACAAUAUAUCUUUGGCCUACAGACAUCAAAAUCGUGGUAUCGGAUGUAGAUGGCACCAUUACACGGUCAGAUGUUCUUGGACAGCUGAUGCCCAUCGUGGGGAGAGACUGGUCACACACAGGCGUAGCAGAACUUUUUACGAAAAUCAAAAAAAGCGGAUAUCUUAUUCUCUAUCUCACUGCUCGGGCUAUCGGGCAGGCCGACGCCACCCGCGACUACCUUUUCGGGCUGACGCAGAAGGAAAGAGACAAGCUUCCAGAUGGGCCUUUGAUACUCAGCCCUGACCGCCUGUUUCCUUCUUUUCGCCGCGAAGUAAUAGACAGGAAGCCGUAUAUUUUUAAAAUCGCAGCUCUAAGGGACAUUCGCAGCCUCUUCCCGGCGAACAGGAAUCCCUUCUAUGCUGGCUUUGGCAACAGAGAGUCGGACCACCGGGCGUACAUCCAUGUGGGCAUCCCGGAGGCGAAGAUUUUCAUCAUCGACACAGCAGGCGUUAUUCACCACAUCAGCAACUCUACAUACGCGCGAACCUACGAAACGAUGAGUGAGAUUGCUGACCACAUGUUUCCGCCUUUAAAGAAUUCGCCGGUGUCACGGGGACAGCCAGGACAGGAGCUUGAGGAAAGAGAAGAGGAAGAGGUUAGGCAGCGCAAGAGGCUUCAGUACAUACUACACGUAGACAAGCAAGAUGACAACUGGGCUUCUCCUACUGCCGUCUGCUGUAGCGGCUGUAAUGAGGAACCGCACCAAAUUACUCUUUAG